AUGGCACCAUACAUGUCUAGCGCUUUAGAUGAAGAUGAGACAAUAGAUCCGAGAUACGAAGAAGCCGAUCCUGGACAAAAAACGCGCAAUCCGCAGCAGAGGCGGAUGUAUGCGGGAUCCCGAGCCCGCCCCUCGUUGACUACACACGAGCCUACUAUAUACGUCAGCCCUUCCAAUUUGCCUCCCCCUCCAAAAUAUGAAUGUAUGGCACCGCCAAGUUACGAAGAGGUGGUAGGAGUACACUACCCCGACCAUCAAACCCAGCAGCCAAUUUCACACCCCAUCACAUCCGCACUAGCACAGUCCAACAACAACAACACAAGGACCGUCGAUCCGCUGCCAGCUACCAACGAUUCCCCGCCACCGACCAUCAACCAGGUCCCGGCAGCCGUAACAGUGACCACUGUCAACGAGAGGCAGACAGCAGCAUCAUGA